AUGUGCUUUCUCUUCCCUAGAUUCUCCAGGGCAGCUCUGUGGAUUGGGACCACCUCCUUCAUGAUUCUGGUUCUUCCUGUCGUCUUUGAAACUGAAAAACUGCAGAUGGAGCAACAGCAGCAGCUGCAGCAGCGACAGAUCCUCCUCGGACCCAACACAGGGCUCUCGGGUGGAAUGCCAGGGGCCCUGCCUCCGCUGCCUGGAAAAAUCUAAUUUGUGGAAGUUGCAUUGGAUUCAUAUCAUGUGGGAAGACCUUGAGAUUAUGACAUAUUGAACUAUUGAUUUGUUGGGUCAGGGCAUUUUUAUUUUUCAUUUG